AGAUCAAAGGUGAGGCACACUGGGGCUCCAGACCGGGCCUGGCCAGCAGGACAACCGGGAGUGCACCAUGAGGCUGCUGGGCGUCCUGGGCCUGCUGUGGGGCUUGGCAGCCGCCGUGUCCCCAGGCCCGCAGUGGCCCAAGCCCGUGUUCGGGCGCCUGGCAUCUCCCGGCUUCCCAGGCAAGUAUGCCAACAACCAGGAGCAGCGCUGGACCCUGACGGCGCCCCCUGGCUACCGCCUGCGCCUCUACUUCACCCACUUCCACCUGGAGCCCUCCUACCUCUGCGAGUACGACUUUGUCAAGCUGAGCGCUGGGACCAGGGUGCUGGCCACGCUGUGCGGGUGGGAGAGCACGGACACGGAGCAGGCGCCCGGCAACAACACCUUCUACUCCCCGGGCUCCAGCCUGGACGUCACUUUCCGCUCUGACUACUCCAACGAGAAGCUGUUCACGGGUUUCGAGGCCUUCUACUCAGCAGAGGACAUAGAUGAGUGCCAGGUGCCCCCAGGAGAGGUCCCUGCCUGUGCCCACCACUGCCACAACCACCUGGGUGGCUUCUACUGCUCCUGUCGUGUGGGCUAUGUUCUCCACAGGAACAAGCACACCUGCUCAGCCCUGUGCUCGGGCCAGGUCUUCAGCGCCCGGUCUGGAGUGCUCAGCAGCCCUGAAUACCCGCAGCCAUACCCCAAACUCUCUAGCUGCUCCUACAGCAUCCGCCUGGAGGAGGGGCUCCGUGUCAUCCUGGACUUCGUGGAGUCCUUCGACGUGGAGAUGCACCCCGAGACCCAGUGCCCCUACGACUCCCUCAAGAUUCUAACAGACAAAGAGGAAUAUGGCCCGUUUUGUGGGAAAACAUUGCCCCGCAGGAUUGAAACCAAUAGCAACACUGUGACCAUCACCUUUGCCACCGAUCAGUCGGGGGACCACACGGGCUGGAAGAUCCACUACAGCAGCACAGCUCAGUCUUGCCCUGAUCCGAUGGCACCACCUAAUGGCCACAUCUCCCCUGUGCAAGCCAAAUACAUCCUGAAAGACCGCUUCUCUGUCUUCUGUGAGAGGGGCUACGAACUUCUGCAAGGUUAUUUGUCCCUGAAAUCAUUUGUUGCUGUCUGUCAGAAAGAUGGAUCUUGGGACCGACCAAUGCCACAGUGCAGCAUUGUUGACUGUGGCCCUCCUGAUGAUCUACCCAGUGGCCAAGUGGAGUAUAUCACGGGUACCGAGGUGACCACGUACAAAGCUGUGGUUAAAUAUCACUGUAAUGAGUUCUACACAAUGAGAACAAAUGAUGGUAAAUAUGUGUGUGAGGCUGAUGGAUUCUGGACGAGCUCCAAAGGAGAAAAAUCACUCCCCGUCUGUGAGCCUGUUUGUGGAGUAUCCACCCGCACUACAGAAGGUCGUAUAUACGGAGGACAAAAUGCAAAGCUUGGCGAUUUUCCUUGGCAAGCCCUGUUAUUUGGUAAAAUUAUAGCAGCAGGUGCACUUCUAUACGACAACUGGAUCCUAACAGCUGCUCAUGCUGUGUAUGAGCAAAGAGAAGACGCCUCCUCCCUAGACAUCAGAAUGGCUGCCCUGAAGAGACUGUCACCUCGUUACACACAAGCCUGGGCUGAGGCCAUUUUUAUACAUGAAGGUUACACUCAUAACGCUGGUUAUGAUAACGAUAUAGCACUGAUUAAACUGAAGAAUAAAGUUGUAAUCAACAGCAACAUCAUGCCUAUUUGUUUGCCAAGAAAAGAAGCUGAAUCCUUCAUGAGGACAAAUGACAUAGGAACUGUAUCUGGAUGGGGAUUAACCCAAAGGGGUUUUCUUGCCAGAAAUCUAAAGUUUGUUGACAUACCAGUUGCUGACCAUCAAGCAUGUACUGCGGCAUAUGAAAAGAAGUCCUAUACAGGGGGGAGAGUAACUGCUAACAUGCUUUGUGCUGGUUUAGAAAGUGGGGGCAAGGAUAGCUGUAAGGGUGACAGUGGGGGGGCAUUAGUGUUUCUAGAUAAUGAGACACAGAAGUGGUUUGUGGGAGGAAUAGUGUCCUGGGGUUCCAUUAACUGUGGGGAAGCAGACCAGUACGGGGUCUACACAAAAGUCAUUAACUAUAUACCCUGGAUCAAGAACUUAAUUAAUAAUUUUUAACUUGCGUGUCUUCAGUGAGUACACGGUUUCUUGUUUUUACAAAAUACCUGUAUAAGCUCUUAGCAGCAAACU